CUGCCAUUGAUUUGGUCUUCAGUAGUAGAAGAGUGCAGUAUCCCAUAAUAAUUCAGCAAAGAUGUGGAUGGUGUCGCCCCCUUCUGAUGAAGAAUCUCAUGAACUUGCCUGGCUUUGGAAACACGUCAAGGGCAGGGUGCAAAACACACUAGUAGGACAUGACCCUUAACCUUUUCUCUAAAGAGUAGCCCUAUAGGUAUAUUUCACCACUUUAAGAAGCUGUUCCUGAGUGAGCAAGCAGGCCGAGCCCAGGCUCUGGAGUUUGUCCGCAAGAAUGUCGCCAAUGCCCUCUCUAUGGCUAACCUGAUCAUGGGUCUGUCUUCCAUCCUCUGCAGCCUAAAUGGGCAAUACCAUUGUGCUUGCUGGCUGCUCCUGAUUGGAUUCCUGCUUGACCUAGCGGAUGGAGCGGUUGCUAGGCAAUUGAAUGCUUGCUCAGCCCUGGGUGCCAAGUUGGAUGACUUUGCUGACUUCACUUCAUUCGGUCUGGCCACAGCUCUGCUGCUGCAGGCUCACGGGAUCCUGGAUGGCUUGCUGGCUAUCGUCUAUGUGCUCGCAGUCUUUUCCCGCUUGUGCUUCUUCUCGAGUGGAAUCCCUUUCAUGUACCGAGGACUGCCCUGUCCCUAUGCUUCUUCCCUCCUGACUGGCACAUACCUCUUGACUGGGGGCAACCUUGUGGUUCUACGGAUUGUAGCCAUGAUAAUGAUCCUGUUCAUGGUUGACCAGGGCUUCUAUCCCCAUGACAAAGUACUGGAGUCCCAGCUCUGGAAAAAGAUGGUCUAUGCAGGGGGUAUCCUGAUGGUUUUGUUCUCUUCCUAUUCAAUAGUCUCUCUCUACUAUCUCGUUUGGUCUACUACUUACAUCUUCUUCCCAGUCGCCUUGUGGAGCUGCAAAGUUUAACUGCACGCUUGGUAUUGUGUAGAUGAUGACAGCUUCAUGUGUCACCAUGAUAACCUGCCAAAGGCAACACCUGUGACCUAAAUGAAGACUUAUCCUGUGUUAACAUCCAUGAGUUGCCUAAUCCUUACUAAAGGUUUCAUCAUUGCGAUCAUCUAUACUUGAAAGUAACAGCGACGGGAUGUCUUGUCACUUCAAAUAACACUUUCAAACUGGAGUAGUGUUAACGCAGCUCCUGCAGUUUCCCUGCGUGUUUCAAAGUGUUCAUGUAGUGCCUGCUCUCUGACACCACAUGUAAUAACUAACGUGAAGUUUAACGCUUGUUAAUGGGGAAACUUCAUUUAAACUCUCCCAGAUAUUUGAGGGUUUGCUGUAGAUGUGAGUGUACAUAUUCCUUACAAAAAGAUACUGUAUGGAUUUAAGUUGAGAAAUUCAUUUUCAGAUUUUUAUUAUGCUUAAAAUCAUGAAUUUACGAAGUUAUUUGCUUCUUCUAGAGUUGUAGGGCAGUAGCCACCCACUAUGGGGGUUCCUCUAACGACCCCAUGGGCCCAACCUCGGCUGUGGCUCUGGAAGAGGCCCAGGAAGGCUGAGAUCAGUAUCAGAAGCACUGAGAUUGGUAUCUUAAGCACUGAGAUGUUGAUUUGAAAACUGCUGCUUAACAUCUUGACCCAGUGGUGCCCAACCUUAUUACACGGGAGGGCCACAGGAACUUAAGCACGACCUUGGGUGGGCCAAACCGAUUCGACAGAUUUUAAUCAGAUUUCAAGGCACCUGUAUUGAUUUCUAUUUGAAGUUCAGCUUGUUUCAUAUGUAUUUAGCUAGGUUGUUUCUAUGUACAGUAUUGUCUAUUUACACACUCGUGUAAACUGAAAUGAUGUAAACGACAAACCGCUAAUGAAUUGGCCAUUCCA